AAUUACGUGAUGAGUGCUUGCAAGAGAAACUGACGCCAUCAUCAUUAUCUACUGAAAAGCUGAAAAUAUCCAAACGAGGCAACAUAUUGGUAUUGGCUACAGCUCAUCGAGAAUCGAGAAAUAUUGAGGUUUCCUAGAAUUCGAUUUUAUUACCAGAAUGUUAGUUCUCUUUUCAAGAUUAUUCAUUUAGUAAGGUUCAGCUUUGGUUAAAAUUUCUUAUCAAUUCGAGGUUCCCAAUAUGAGCGUCAUUAUAAGAUUGCAGAAUCUGCCGUGGUCCGCUAAUGCCCUUGACAUUCGCCAGUACUUCCAGGGCCUCAGCAUACCCGAAGGAGGGGUGCACAUCGUCGGAGGAGAGUUAGGGGACGCCUUCAUCGCUUUCAGCACCGACGAAGACGCCCGGCAAGCCUUCAACCGCAACAAUGGCAAAAUCCGAGAAGUCCAAAUCACCCUCAUGCUCAGCUCGCGCACCGAAAUGCAGCGCGUCAUCGAGCAGGCCCGAUCCCAAUCGCUGGCCGCUUUCAUGCAACCAGCGCCCACAGUAGUACCAAUCCCCACCGCCGUACCCUUCGUACCGCCCGUCGAAACAAAGAAAGAAAGCAAAGAACGAGACAGAGGACGCGACAGCAGGUCCAGGCGAUCCCGAUCGAAAUCGCGCGACAAGAAAGACAGGUCUAGCAAGGAACGCGAUCGGAAGGACAAAAGGUACCGUGACAGGAGCCGGUCGAGGUCAAGGGACAGGAAAAGCAGCAGGAGGCGCGACAGGAGCAGAGGACGGUCUCGAUCGAGGGACAAGGAGCGCCGAAGCAGGGAUCGCCGCAGCAGUAGACGGUCGGAGGAGAGACCUCAGCCUGCCCAGAGGGAGCAGCGGAAGCCCAUGCCGGAAGUGUGGGCCACGCAGCCCAAGCCCCUGGAGAUAAUACCGCCGGCUCCACAACCUCCGAGUUUGCUCACUGCCACCUUUCCUGGUCUGGAUCAGGCCAGUAGAACGCUUAGUAAUAUAGCUAUGGGGCUGCAAGGGCGCGAUAAUGGUUACUCGCCACCGAACAACUUCAGCAACGGAAAUAGAGUGAACAGAGAAAGCUGGCCGCCCGCGAAUCAAAGCAACUUUGUUAACGACAACUUGUCCAACAGCUACAAUGAAGUACAAGACACCUUCCAGAAUCGAUUCCAGAACAACGAUUUCCAAUCGAGGAACACCAAUCGGUUGGAAUACGAGACCGGCGGGUGUUGUAUCGCUUUGGAGCCGUUCUAUGGGGGAUAUGGAGACAUCAGAAGGUUCUUCCAAGGUAUGUUUAUCGGCCAGAAUGGAAUCAAGUUCAUCAACGACUCCAACGGAAGGAGGACCGGCGUCGUUUACGUCAAGUUCUCCAACAGGAUGAUGAAAGAAGAGGGCUUGGACUUGAACGGAGAAAAUCUCAACGGCAUCACGGUGACUGUUAGCCACGUGUCGGACGAAGAAUAUGAUAACGCCGUCGAUAGAUUCAUACCCAUGACCGACAACCCCGACAACAGGUACAAAAGCCGAAACAUCUCCAAGUUGUUCAACAACGCACCGCCCGAACCGACCAUCAAGAACUACACUUGCCUGGUGGUGGACGAGCUGCCGACGUACUGCAAAGAACAAGACAUUCUGCACAUGUUCUCGCAACACCCGCUCGUCGCUCUGAUAUUGACGACCAAGCCGAAGGGAGGCCACAUCGCCUACGUGAAGUUCAGCAGCGAAGACGUGGCGAAGAAAGCGCACGACGAAAAAACCCACCAUAUCGUCCAAGGCAAGCCGGUCACCGUGAAACCGUGCAAGGACGAGGAAUUCGACGAGAUCAACAAGCAGCACGAAGUCAACUUGGACACCACAGCACCGAGUGACGUAGGCACCGACUGUCUGAGCGUGUCCCGGCUGCCGCAAAAAACCACCGACAAAGACAUCGCCGAUUUCUUUUCAGACAUCGGAGUGAUCCCCACCAAAAUCCACCUAAUGAGCAACAACGUCGGAUUCACCGGCCAGGCCUACUGCGAAUUCUUGACUACCGAGGAAGCGUCGCGAGCCGCCAAGAAGAACGAGACCAUCCUCAACAACGUCUCGAUCUCGGUGACGCCACUCAAGAGGGAAGAGAUGGACAGCAUCCUGGGCACUACGGUGCCUGCCCCUAGCGAGCCUGUGCCUUGCGAACCGCCCGCUCCGGAACCGGAAAUUAGACGGCCCCCGCCUCUCGUCUCGAAAUUCACCCCCCCGCCGGUGAUGGCCGGCAAUUUCGGCAUGCGGGGGGCAGGCAGGGGUUUCCCGAAUCGGACCUAUGAGCCGGCCAGAGGAGGCCCGAGGUUCGGGCCUAGAGGGCCGCCCCCGCGGGUCAGGUUCGGGCAGCAGUCCGAUGGUGGGGAGGACGUUCCGGGAGGGUGCACGGUGUACAUAAAGAACGUGCCGUACAAGGCGAACACUAACGAUAUUUUGGAGUUUUUCGAGGGAUACCAUCAUACAGGGAACGUCAGUAGGCGAUAUAAUCCUAACAACACCCCGACGGAUGAGGCAAGAGUUACAUUUUUUGAUCCUGAAGAAGCUUCGAGGGCUCUCAGAGAUUUGAACAAAUGUACGAUAUGGGGCCGGCAGGUGUUUUUGAGACAGGAAUGAUGAGCGGGAUCAGAGUGUCUGCAGGUUGUACAUAAGUUAUUUUAUACGAAAUCGAGUAAUUGAGUGCAGUAGCCGACCGAGUAUUGGCUGAAGGACAGGUACAAACCGAAUACGUUUUGUAAAAUGAGAUAUAAGUUAUUUAUGUAUUCAGUUAUGUAUGUUCAGUACUGAUCGCUACUAUAUUAGUAGUAGUUUAAGAGUUAGUAGAUACUGGUUGGUCAU